AUGGAUUGCAAAAUAUGCCAACAAAAGUAUCAACCUGACUUGGAACCCCGCACACCCAGAAUCCUCGCAGCAUGCGGGCAUACAAUGUGUCAAGAAUGUCUACAAAAGAAACUGGAGAAUGGGAAAGUGGUGUGUCCGGUAGAUGGAACAGUUACGGAUGUUAAUGGCGGGAUCAAUGACUUGGUGAAAAACUUUGCGCUUUUUGAAAUACUGGAGGAGCAGAAAACUCAAGGAGGGAAAACGAGCAAAAUAGAGUGCAAAAUAUGUCUACGUGAAUACAAUUGCCACUUGAAAAAAUUGACACCAAGAGUUUUGACAAAGUGUGGGCAUACAGUAUGCCAGGCGUGUAUUCGGAAACAAGUGCAGAAUCGACAGAUUGUGUGUCCAUUCGAUAGAGUUGUCACUUUAGUUAGUGGUGGUGUCAAAGAGCUCGCUAAGAAUCAUUCGGUUCUAGAACUAGUUGGUGACCGUCCCCCGAGAGAUUCAGAUUCCGGAGAUGAAUCAUCUGAUGUGGAGGAGAGAGUGGUUCCUCCUCAGCAAAAUUUGUUACCUAUCCCACCAAAUCUAUUUGGAUUUCCUCAGGAAAUUCCUGAAAUUCCAGAAAUUUGGAUGGAAGACAAUGUUUUCCGCAACGAUCAAGUAGAGUUUGGUGCAAUUUUCCGUCAUAUCCCUAUUCCUGAACAUCGUAACCCAAUCCAACGUCCUGUUCCUGAAUAUCGUAACCAGAUCGAACGUGUGGACGUUCCUAUUCCUGAACGUCAGAACGUGAACCAACCGGUUCCGGACGACUUUCCAGAUGACUUUCCAGAUGACAUCCCUGAUGGUGACAACGAAUUGGAUAUUGAGGAAGAGUCUUCGGAUGACGAUGAUGAUUAUGAUUAUAAUGACAAUGAUAAUCAAAGAGAGGAGGAUAUAGAUUGGCAGGAGCGGAGGAAUGAGGAAUAUGUUGAGGAGGCAGCUUGGCUAGAGCGUAACUUAGAAUUGGAAGAUGACGAAGAUGAUGAUGAUAAUAACGAAAAUGAUAGCGACGAUUCAGAUUCACGUCGUGAUGGGUCAGAGGAAGAAGAAGAUGAUAAUGACAGUAAUGAAGAGGAGGAUGCUAACCACCAUCGCCAAGAGGAUUCAGAUGUCAAUGAUGACGAUGAUGAUGACAACGAUGAAGAGCAUCUCUACAAUGACAACCAGGAGGACUUGAAUGAUCCAGAAGAAGACAAUGAAAGCAGUGACGAGGGAUCUGAUGGCAAUCGACGUGAAAGCUGGAACCGAGAUGAUUCGGAGAAUGAAGAAGAUGAUGAUCACCAAGAGGAUUCAGAUGACUCUGAUGAGAAUCACGUCUCGCCUUUUCUUUAUAAUGGAUCUGAUUCGGAAGAAGAAGAUGAUGAAAGCAGUGAUGAGGAACCGACGCAUAACCAAAGAGAUUCUGAUGACCAAGACGGUGAUAGCUCAGUUAGCGAUCGUCACGAACCUCCUGGGUAUCAAGGGGAUUCAGAUGACCCAGACGAUGAUAACUACGUCAGCAAUCGUUUUGUGCCGCAUGGUUAUGAAGGAGAUUCGGAUGACGACGACAACAGUUCAGACCAGCAACAAAAUUAUAGCUAUAACCAAGAGGAUUCUGAUGACCCAGCUGAUCAUGAUCAUGAUGAUUAUAGCUACGCCAACAAUAGUUACGACUCUCGUGGGAAUCAAGGUGAUUCAGAUGCCGAUGAUGACGAUAACUACGUUAGCAAUCGUAUCAUGUCUUAUAGUUAUGAAGGGGAUUCAGAUGACGAUGAGGACGACGACGAUUCAGACCAGGAACAAGAUUAUGGAGCUGAUUCUGACUAA